AAAAUAAUUAUUUUAAAAAACACUAAUUUUUAUUAAUGUUGUGCGAUUUCAACUGUUCAUACUUAGAACGUUUUUCUCAGUUAUUUUUUUUUGUAAAUUCAUUUAAAAAUAAAUUUUUAUCAAUUGUUUGUUGUAAUUAAGUGUUUAUUGAUGGUAUGCACAUGUGUUACUGAUUCAUUUAAAGAAGAUCAAUCCCAUAGCUUGAAGGAAACAAAAUUCAAUAGUUUUUACAUUGUUUUCUACAUUGCAGAAUUGAAUAUUGUCUAUAGAGAUUAUUUUCGAGUAGUCUUAUAGUUAUUUUUUUGACAAGUAUCUAACAAUAAACAAUACAAAGUAAGAAUUCAAAAAUACAUCACUGAUGACUUUACAAUCUUGUUAAGAAUUUAACCUAAAGGAAAGAAACACAGAAUUGAAUUUUAAUUCAGCUGUAAGUUUAUUAUAUUAACAGAUAAUUUUAUCAAUUAUACGAUUGCCUAUUUUACAAUAUAGAUUAAGAAACGAUAUCAAUAAAAAUAGUUCAAACUGAAACAAUUAUCAGUUAAACAAUAUUACUGUGGAUAAAAACAUUUUUUAUAAUAUAUAAAUAAAUCUAUGAACGGCAAAGCUCAAGAAGACCCUGCAGAAGACUUUACUUCCAGGGUAGAAGUAGACAGUCCCUGUAGUGACAUGAAGCGUGCAGCGGCUAAAAAAUUAAUAGAGCGAUAUUUUUAUCAAUUAACCGAUGGUUGCGGUAAUCCACAAUGCGACAAUCAAUAUUGUGCCUCUAGUGGCAAGGUCACAAAUUUGACACCUAAUCAAGCAGCAGCUCAAGCAAUACAAUUAUUUUCUCAAGAAGCUCGUUUAUGUGACGGCACACAACCCAGCAAAAUUCCUAGAACAUCGUCACUUGAAUCAGGCCCAGCAUCUUUAGCAAAAAGUCUACCCACAAAAAUAAUGAAUCCAUCAUCUUCAGUAGAAGAUAAGCCAAUUCCGUAUCUAACGGAAGCUAAGUUGUUGGAUUUGAUUGAAUCUUGUAAAGUAGAAGGAUCUUAUUCUUCAUUAAUUCGAUCCUUAGGCGAAGUUUUCUCCUCAUCUGAAGCUUUAAGCCGAAGUUUUCAAAAAGUAGAGCAAAGUGAAUCACCACUAGUUGCACUUUUAGAACGCGCACCAGUAUCAUUACUCCAGCCUCCGGGAGACUUGAGUAAAGAAGCCGUUAGAUCACUUCAAGGUGAAGACAAAGAUAUUGAUAGUAGUGAUCCUUCAAUUCCUAGUCUUGAUGAUACCAACGUUGAUUUAGAAGCUGUUAGACGAUCUUUUGCUGCACUCUGGACCUUACCAGGGGAAGAAUUUGAGUCUGCUCUAGUCAAUGCUCUAGUAACCCUAGCAGAUAAUAUUGAAUUAGAUCUCCGAGUAUUUGGAGUUAUGUCAUCAGAUUCAACAGAUUCAUUACUCAAUGUUUUCCUUAUAGUUUUUGAAAUUCCCGUUUUAGGAAGUAGUGAAUACUUAGAAUAUGCUUUUCACAUGCUUUGUAAAGCCGUAAGUUGUUUACCAGUUAGCGCUCAAGCAAAAUUAGCUCGAAUCUGGGCUCGGCAUUGUAAAUCACGACUACCAAGUCUUCUACAAGCAUUACAACAAUUGAUCACAGUCAAAAUAAUCGGUGGAGCUUUCACAAGAGAUUACUGUGUCCAAGAUGCUGAUACAAUAACAGCUCCUACGAAAGUUAUGAAAAUUCUUUAUUAUGCUAGCAUGUUAGCAGGAGAAAUAGAUCCACCAGAAGUAUGUCGUGAUGAAGACACUGAAACGCUUGAGACUGAAACAUUUGAUCUGAAUAAAGAAAUAGGCCGAGCCAUGAACGCUCAAAUAAUUCAUGAUCCUUUAGCAGUCGAAUUGGGAAUUUCGGCUUUGGAUGCAAGAUUACCUCUGAUAAGUUUUACAGAUUUUUAUAAUGAAUUAUUAAGUGAUACUGUAGAGAUGGAUAAAGACUUUGCAUAUUAUAAAAGUGAACAACCAAAAAAAUUCAGUUUCAUGAAUUAUUCAUUUAUCCUCACACCAGCAACAAAAACCUUAGGAUUAUAUUAUGAUAAUAGAAUAAGAAUGUAUAGUGAAAGAAGAAUGAGUAUUUUUCAAUCACUUGUUGGACAGCCUACUAACCCUUACUUAAGACUGAAGGUUCGUAGAGAUUUUAUUAUUGAAGAUGCAUUAGUUGAAUUAGAAAUGAUUGCCAUGGAGAAUCCAACAGAUUUAAAAAAACAAUUAGUUGUGGAGUUUGAAGGGGAACAAGGUGUAGAUGAAGGUGGAGUGUCAAAGGAAUUUUUUCAAUUAGUUGUUGAAGAAAUAUUCAAUCCGGAUUAUGGAAUGUUUAUUUUACAAGAAGAAACACAAACAACAUGGUUUAACCCAACAUCAUUCGAGAGUGAUGCUCAAUUUACACUGAUUGGGGUAGUUCUUGGAUUAGCUAUUUAUAAUAAUGUUAUCUUAGAUGUUCGUUUUCCAAUGGUAGUGUAUAGAAAAUUACUUGGACGAAAAGGAAGUUUUGCUGAUUUACAAGAUUGGAGUCCUCUUUUGUAUCGCACACUAACAGAAAUAAUGGAAUAUAAUGGUGACGACAUGGUAGAAACCUUUAUGCAAACUUUCAAAGUUGGUUACAAAGAUGUGUUUGGAUCCAUCUUAUUCCAUGAAUUAUGUGAAAAUGGCGACGAAAUUUAUGUAAAUCAAAGUAACAGGAAAGAAUUCAUUAAACUUUAUUCCGAUUUCUUAUUAAAUCAAUCGGUAGAAAGACAAUUCAAAGCAUUCAGACGUGGAUUUCAAAUGGUCACUGAUGAAAGUCCACUUGCAUUGCUAUUUAGACCAGAAGAAAUUGAACAGUUGGUCUGUGGAAGUAAGGUUUUCGAUUUUACAGAAUUAGAAGCAUCAACUGAAUAUGAUGGAUAUACUUCUGAUAGUGAAGCUAUAAAGAAUUUUUGGAGGGUGGCUCAUUCACUUCCACUCGAAAGCCAACGUCGAUUAUUACAAUUCACCACUGGAAGUGAUCGAGUUCCUGUUGGAGGACUUUCAAGAUUAAAAAUGGUUAUUUCAAGACAUGGACCUGAUUCUGAUCGGCUACCAAUAGCACACACUUGUUUUAAUACUCUUCUUUUACCGGACUAUGCAUCGUUAGAAAAACUUGAGGAUCGCUUAUUGAAAGCCAUCAACUAUUCGAAAGGGUUCGGUAUGCUGUAAAAAUGACAAAAAAAAAUAAUUAAUUUUUUCAUAUUUUUUUAAUUGUCAUAUUUGUUCAAUUGGCAUAUAAAAUGAGUGCAAAAAAAAAA